CAAAACCAAGAUUUGGAAAAACUCUGAAUGCGAGUUCACACCUGACACCACUCGUUUAGAGAUUACGGAGCCACUUCCAAUGGAGUCUACACUCUCCGCUUUCUCGGCGACAGCCAUGGCAAGAACUGGUGGUGGUUCUUCAUUACCUCUCCUCACUAUUUCUAAAGCUCUUAACCGUCACUUCUCCGGCGCCAGACACCUCCAUCCUCUGUUGCUCGCUCGCUCUUCUCCCGCCGUGCGACGUUUUAAUGCCACUCGCUUUUCUUCCUCGAAUUCGCUUUGUUAUUCUUCCGCUUUGCGAAGCUUGGGAGCUGCUGUCUUGCCGGUAAUCCGACGCCGGUUGCAGUGUCUGUCGAGCUCAUCGCCUUCUUUCAGGAGUGUCUCAAGUGGUGGCGGCGGUGCUGGAUUCGGCGGGUAUAAUGGUGGAAGCGGCGGUGGAGGUGGCGGAGGAGGAUCGGAGAGUGGUGAUUCAAAGUCAAAACUGGGUGCUGGGGCAAGUGACAGUGUCUCCGUUCCGUCGUCUGAUAUCAUUAUUCUCGAUGUUGGAGGGAUGACAUGUGGAGGUUGUUCUGCUAGUGUGAAGAAAAUACUGGAAAGCCAACCUCAAGUUGCUUCUGCUAGUGUUAAUCUCACCACCGAGACAGCAAUAGUGUGGCCUGUACCGGAAGCUAAAAGUGUACCUGAUUGGCAGAAGACUUUAGGCGAGACGCUUGCAAAUCAUCUGACCAAUUGCGGCUUUCAGUCUACUCCUCGAGAUUUGGUGACAGAGAAUUUCUUCAAAGUUUUCGAAACCAAGACAAAAGACAAGCAGGCUCGCUUAAGAGAGAGUGGCCGCGAGCUUGCUGUUUCAUGGGCCCUAUGUGCUGUAUGCUUGGUUGGGCAUUUGACUCACUUUCUAGGUGUUAAUGCUCCUUGGCUUCAUGCAAUCCAUUCAACGGGAUUUCAUGUGUCCUUAUGUUUGAUUACAUUGCUUGGUCCUGGGCGCAAGCUAGUACUUGAUGGUGUCAAGAGCCUUUUAAAAGGUUCGCCAAACAUGAACACGCUAGUUGGUCUUGGCGCUUUGUCAUCAUUUUCUGUUAGCUCACUGGCAGCCCUGAUUCCAAAAUUGGGCUGGAAGACAUUUUUUGAGGAACCAGUUAUGUUAAUAGCUUUUGUAUUGCUGGGAAGGAAUCUUGAACAGAGAGCUAAAAUAAAAGCCACCAGUGAUAUGACUGGCCUUCUGAGUGUUUUGCCUUCAAAAGCUCGCCUUCUUCUUCAUGGUGAUCUGCAGAAUUCAACUGUUGAGGUUCCUUGUAAUAGUCUCUCUGUCGGCGAUCUAGUCGUCAUACUACCAGGAGAUCGAGUUCCAGCAGAUGGUAUUGUCAAGUCAGGUAGAAGCACCAUUGAUGAGUCAAGUUUCACAGGUGAACCAUUGCCAGUGACAAAAGAGCCAGGGAGUCAAGUGGCAGCUGGAUCUAUAAACCUGAAUGGAACUCUUACUGUCGAAGUGCAUAGAUCAGGGGGCGAAACUGCAGUCGGGGACAUUAUUCGCCUGGUUGAAGAGGCUCAGAGUAGAGAAGCACCAGUACAGCAGUUGGUUGACAAGGUUGCAGGGCGCUUCACGUAUGGAGUGAUGGCACUCUCUGCGGCUACAUUUACAUUCUGGAAUCUAUUUGGUACACAUAUUCUUCCGCCUGCCUUGCAUAAUGGGAGCCCAAUGUCUUUGGCCCUUCAACUAUCUUGCAGCGUUCUGGUUGUGGCUUGUCCUUGCGCCCUUGGGUUGGCAACACCAACUGCAAUGCUGGUUGGUACAUCAUUAGGAGCAAGAAGAGGAUUACUUCUUCGUGGUGGUGAUAUUCUUGAAAAGUUUUCCUCAGUUGAUACUGUUGUCUUCGACAAAACUGGGACACUGACAAAGGGACACCCUGUUGUGACUGAAGUUAUUAUUCCUGAAGAUCCAAGACACAAUUUGAAUGGUACUUGGUCGGAAGUUGAGGUUUUGAUGUUAGCAGCUGCUGUUGAAUCAAACACUACUCACCCUGUUGGGAAAGCGAUUAUAAAAGCAGUCCGGGCUCGUAAUUGUCAAACUAUGAAGGCAGAGGACGGAACAUUUACUGAAGAACCAGGGUCUGGCGCUGUUGCUAUUGUCAACAAUAAGAGGGUUACAGUUGGGACCCUAGAGUGGGUUCAGAGACAUGGAGCCACCGGGAACUCAUUGCAUCCAUUUGAAGAGCAUGAAUAUAACAACCAGUCUGUUGUGUAUAUUGGGGUGGAUAAUACACUUGCUGCAGUCAUCCGUUUUGAGGAUAAAAUCAGGGAAGAUGCUGCUCAAGUUGUUGAGAAUUUGACUCGCCAGGGAAUUGAUGUGUACAUGCUGUCCGGUGACAAGAGGAAUGCUGCCAAUUAUGUAGCUUCUGUCGUAGGAAUUGAUCAAGAACGGGUUAUAGCAGGAGUUAAACCAGCAGAGAAAAAGAAUUUUAUCAGUGAACUUCAGAAAAAUAAGAAGAUUGUUGCAAUGGUGGGCGAUGGAAUAAAUGAUGCUGCAGCUCUGGCAUCAUCUGAUGUUGGAGUGGCCAUGGGCGGUGGUGCAGGAGCAGCCAGUGAGGUGUCACCCAUUGUCUUGAUGGGAAAUCGAUUAACACAGUUGCUUGAUGCGUUGGAGCUAAGUCGGCAAACCAUGAAGACCGUGAAGCAAAAUCUUUGGUGGGCAUUUGGAUACAACAUUGUAGGAAUCCCAAUUGCGGCUGGAGUGUUGUUGCCAAUGACUGGAACCAUGUUGACUCCAUCAAUGGCUGGGGCUCUCAUGGGUGUAAGCUCUCUCGGUGUCAUGACUAAUUCUUUACUUCUGAGGUACAGAUUCUUCUCGAACCGAAAAGACAAAAAUGUCAAAUGGGAACCAAAAGAGGGAGCAAAGCAACCACAUGAGAAUACAAGAUGGAAGGAAAGCUCUUAAACCUGUCAUUUCCGCUAUGUUGAGGCACGGUAGCAUGAGUUUUGCAGAGAUGGGUCUCUUUUAAGUAUUUGUGUCAAAAUUUUCAGCGAAUUAUUUUGGUCGGGUUUGGUAGGGUAAUGAUAAUUUGUACUUAAACGAGAAUCAUCUCAUCAUGUAAAUUUUCAAACAAUUCGUUGAGCUUGUAACUUCUAGACACAAUAACACAUUUCAGACCCUAGAUAGUAGAUUGGCUUCGACCUUUUUAUAGUUUUA